UUCUACGCGCGUCAUCAGAGUCAUUACCAUUUUUUGAAGUAGAGGGGAUAUCUUUCACUGAUCCGCCUCAUAAAUACAUACAUUCGGCAUUACCGAGACCAGCGGUAAAGUUUCAUAACAAAUUUAUGGGAAUACCGCCCGAGAAGCAGUAGUGCCAGUCAGGAGUUAAUUGUAAGGAUUGAAAAAAUAAAAUUUUACCGUCAAAGAGUGUCAGCGAGGUAUCGCUGUUGCACAAUAAUCCACAGUUUUGGUAGUCUGCGAAUAAGUUAGUAAACUCCACGUUGACAUUCGGUGGCUAGCCAAACGGCUGUGUGCGAGUAAUCUUAAUCCACAAUUGCUAUAAUAUGUGAUUACAGAGCGAGUACGUUAACUGUAGAAUUGUCAGUUUGUAAACAUAUGUUAUUCAUAAGUGGAUUAGAAUUUCGGAACGGAUCCGAAAGCUGAGCCAGAAAUGCCUGUGUUUCAGCCAUGGAAGCGAACUAUCCGUCUUGGAUAGACACGCCGUAUUUAAAAAAGAUCCUACACGAUUGCGAACAUGAGGAUUCUGUUGAGAUUACCAAUCGAAUCGUAAAACCAGCGGUCCCCAAAGGGGAUAACUUUCUGAGCGACAUGUAUCGUGUUACUGUAGAGUUUCUCUCAGUUAAUAACGAUGGCCAAACAGUCCAACGGGAACGAUCCGUUAUAUUGAAAAUAGCCCCCGUCGGUGACGAUCGCGAGAAACCGGUGGAGGAUGCAGAGUUGUUUGGAAUUGAGUUGUCGAUGAUGUUGCACACCCUGCCAAGGAUGAAUCGAAUUCUUAGUGGUAUAGGUCUGCCAUCGUUGAGUCCACGAUGUCUGUAUACCCAAAGUGCGAGUCCCGUUCAUUUGGUAUUGGAAGAUUUGACGUCCAGAGGAUUCCGAAUGGCUAGUCGCCGAGACGGUUUGGAUCUCGACCACUGUUUACUCGCUGUACAAAAUCUUGGGAGAUUUCAUGCUGCUUCGGUGGCGCUCAAGGAAAAGAAUCCCGACGUGGUAACGAAGUACACGAAGGGCUUCUACCACACGAAACAAUCCCAAGUGCUGCAGGAUAUUUACAAACAGGGAGUGAAGGCUUUCGCAACCGAGACAACUAAAUGGGAGGAAUUGCCUUCGAGAAUUCCGGAAAAACUGCUCCAACUAUCAGACGUAGUUUUUGAGAAAGGGUGCCAAGCUGCCGCGUUCCGAACGGAUGAUUUCAACGUCCUCAAUCAUGGUGACUUCUGGGUGAACAACAUGCUCUUCCGCUACGACGAAUCGCAAAAGCCUAUCGAUCAAAUACUGGUGGAUUUCCAACUGUGCCGCUAUGGUUCGCCAGCGUUGGAUCUUCUCUUCUUCAUUGCGACCAGUCCAUCCGAUGAUGUGAGGUUGCAACAUCGCGAGACGAUUUUCCGCGCCUAUCAUGAUUCGCUUACCAGUACAAUGAUGACAUUAAAUUGCAAGACGGAUGCACCGAGUUUUGACGAUCUUCAGGCGGCUUUGAAGAGCCGAAUGUUUUACGAAGCUGUCGCAACAUUCGUCGAACUGCCGGUUAUGUUACUGGACAAAAGCCAAGUAGUAGAUUUGGGUGAAAUAAUUGGGCAGGAAGAUGGUCACCACAACUUAGGCCAUCAAGGAAAAGAGUACAGGAAAAUUAUGACCAGACUUCUGCCACUCUAUGACAACCUGGCUCUCUUGGAUGUGUGAUUACUCGACGGGCAAUUCCGGACUUCAUCUCAGACAUCAUCUUUUCUAUCCAUAACAAUACGUGAAUAACUUCUUUUUUUUUUAAGAAUGGAGUAACAAACAAAAAAAUUCCGUCAAGAAAAAUGUAUCAUUUAUUGUUAACGGUCGGUGUUAUUCGAAUAUUACGUAACGGUUCAAGGAUGCGAACGGGAGAUCUUGAUUGAGACCGCGGUUAUUUGUCACGAUGCGUUGAUGUAGCUCAUUUUCGAACGUUAUGUAGGAGUAUCUACGUUUCUCUUCUUUUUUGCUGACAAUUGCAUAUGCAAUUAAUGAUGGAUGAUCAUUAUUCAAAUAUCACGAGCUACGGUAAUGAAUACGCGCUGUUUCGAGCAACAACUUUUAUCAACAGUCUAGUGUUACAACUGCAAUUUGAAAUCAAUGUCUAGAUAUCAAAGGUACAGAGCGAAUUUAAAUAUUCGGAUAGUCCAAAAGAUUCACUCAGUUCACAGACAACGUUCUUCGUUUUUUUCCAUUUUUCCUUUUGAUAAUAUACUGAAAUAAACAAAGCGAUGAAAAUUGUUUUAAAAACUGCUGGUCGUGUUCACUGGCCGACUUUUUCCUUUGACUUUCCUUCCGUGCGCAAAGGGUAAGAAAAUUCAGAUUAUGUGAGCGGAAUGAACCCGAGAAUAUUGAUUCUCAUAAUUCAAAGUGAACUCGCUUUCGACUAAUAUCAGGGGUCGUUAUUCGUAUUUUCCAAAAUUUUAACAUAAAAAUUGGUAGUGAUAAACGGUGUGUUUUUUUCGGUGUAUAUCUAUGUAGAUAUGAAGAUUACGAUGAAAAUUUCGAUCGUGAUGAGUUCGAAAGACAAUGAGAAUAAUGGAAUUAAUGGAAAUGUACCGAUACUCCCUCUAUUUCAGAUAAUUUUAGCUUGCACGUAACUCAAUCGAAGCAUAAAGACACUGCUAACAGACUGUGAUAAGAACAGACAACAUUAUUGAAUCGUGCAGCAGAGUAUCAGAUAUAUUGCGUAUCUGCGUAUGUUCAGCGAAUGAUCGCUGCAGUCCGACUGUAUGCAGUCGAUCGGGCGUUCGUUUAAAUUUUAUCAGAGUGCCGAAACGUUUGACCGCCCGAAAAGCAGUGCACAAAUGUAUCUGGAAUUGACGAUAUUCGGUAGGUAAGUCCGAACGUCCGUGUGGAUGCCCCACUCUCGUCCACUCUAUCUCUACUCAUCGCAUAGGCGUAACUGCGAAAUCUCGAGCUCAACUGGCCGUGUUAUCUAAUUAUGAAAUGAUAAAUAGAUGAGAUCUCCGGCACCAAUGGAAUAGAAGACACUACAGUUUUAUUACACACGCGGGCAGCUGCGUUGGAAUCAGUCUCUGUUUAACCAGCCGGACACGAGCAAUACAAAAUUCAUUUCACUGUCAGUUUGCUCUGGCGGGUCAAGUUAUUUUGUGAUAUCUUUUAUUUUUGGAUUUGGCCAAUCGAGGAAUAUUGAACGAAAAAUUACUACAAAUAUCACAGGCAAGGUGAGAAUCACUGAUCGCAGUUCUACCAAUACUCCACGGGGAUGGUAUAAAGUGGAUGAAUGUUUUUCGGAAUUCAUGGAAUCUUUUCCGCCUGGUUAUUAUAUUUUAUUGAAUAAAAUUAUAUUUUUUUUAAUAAAGCAAUGAGACAACCCCUGAAAACUCCCAUCUUUGGAGAACAGUUCUAUCCCCCAAUAGUAUUUUUCCGUUUACAAGAAUAAAAGCACGUUUCGUUUAGUUAUGAAGUAUCUUAAAAUAAAACGAAUCAGAGGCGACUACUGGGAUACUAUCCGAACCGAAUUCCAUCAUGUGAUCAUUAUAGUGUAAAUUAUCUACAAAAUUUCAAUUUCAAAUUUUCAAAAAGAACGACUGAGCACGUAUGUAACGCUAUAGCCGAGGUAGUAAUAAUGAUUAGCUCACGAUUGGUGUUUUCCAAAUAUAAACCCCAUAUUGUCAUGAUCUAUAUUUAGAUCACGGACAACGGUAUGGCGUACUAGAUCCGAAGGCUAUGAAAGUUUCCACAACCCAAAUCCGUGCUUUUUUCAGACAUGGGGUCUGAGAUACCAAUUUGGCUGGACGCCUCUUACGUGCAGAAGAUCUUGCGCAAUAUU